GCCCCAUACCUUUGAGCCGCAGAAUUGGCUGACCUGAAGUCAGAUCAGCGUGAGAAGGGCGAAAGGCUCGGGCCACAGCUGCUGAUAUCUGACAGCUGGAUUUCUGGGCCUUGCUAGCAAAUCCGGAUCUUUUCUGCUCGGAACUGUUCGGUUGUUUUUCAGUCACCACCCUUCCUUCUCCGGGGUCCCGUCUCUCCGCAGACUUUCUCCUUUUCCGAGGAGUGUUUCCGGGGCUGUCCUUCCGAACCGACAAUAAUGGCUUUCCUUGGGAGUGUGGUUCGACGGGUGGCAUCAGCGCUGCGGUCUCCUAUUCCUCUGCUGUGUCGAACAAACCCUCGGACCUACAGCUCAGAGCACACCAAGGAAAAAAGUGUGCCCUAUGAGAAGACACUCAGACAAGAGGAUGGAGCCAUCUUUGGACCCACCAAACCUUUACCAAGGUCAGCUGAUGUGGUUGUGAUCGGAGGAGGCAGUCUUGGCUGUCAGACCAUCUACCACCUGGCUAAAAUGGGGAUGUCCAACGCCGUUCUGCUGGAGAGAGACCGGCUGACUGCUGGCACCACCUGGCACACUGCAGGUCUGCUGUGGCAGCUCCGUCCAAGUGAUGUCGAGGUGGAGCUCCUGGCGCACACCAGGAAUGUGAUCAGCAAAGAUCUGGAGGAGGAGACAGGUCUCCACACUGGCUGGAUCCAGAAUGGAGGACUCUUCAUUGCGUCCAACAAGCAGAGACUGGAUGAGUACAAGCGCCUCAUGUCGUUGGGUAAAGUUUAUGGGAUCGAGUCUCACGUCCUUUCACCAGCCGAGACAAAGGACCUGUAUCCCCUGAUGAAUGUUGAUGAUCUGUAUGGAACGCUUUAUGUUCCUAAAGAUGGCACCAUGGACCCUGCAGGCACCUGUACCACCCUCAGCAGAGCUGCCACCACCAGGGGUGCCAUGGUGAUUGAGAACUGCCCUGUGACCGGUAUUCAAGUGAAAACAGAUGACUUUGGGGUCAAGAGGGUUAAGGCAGUAGAGACUCCCCAUGGGACCAUUGAGACUCCUUGUGUGGUGAACUGUGCAGGCGUGUGGGCCACUAAGCUGGGGGAAAUGGCUGGAGUCAAAGUUCCUCUUAUAGCAAUGCAUCACGCCUACGUAGUGACAGAGAGGAUAGAAGGCAUCCAGAACAUGCCAAAUGUCAGGGACCACGAUGCGUCGGUGUACCUGCGCCUCCAAGGUGACGCCCUGUCGGUGGGUGGCUAUGAACAGAAUCCCAUCUUCUGGGAGGAGGUGUCUGAUAAGUUUGCCUUCAGCCUGUUUGAUCUGGACUGGGAUGUAUUUAUGCAGCAUAUAGAGGGCGCUAUCAACAGAGUUCCUGUUCUGGAGCAGACUGGAAUCAAGUCCACUGUGUGUGGUCCAGAGUCGUUCACUGCGGACCAUAAGCCGUUAAUGGGAGAAGCCCCAGAGGUCCGAGGGUUCUUCCUGGGCUGUGGCUUUAACAGCGCAGGUAUGAUGCUGGGAGGUGGAUGCGGUAGAGAGCUGGCUCACUGGAUUAUACACGGCCGCCCUGAAAAGGACAUGUAUGGAUAUGACAUCAGACGUUUUCAUAGUUCGCUGACGGACAACAAACGCUGGAUCAAAGAGAGGAGCCAUGAGUCAUACGCUAAGAACUACUCUGUGGUGUUCCCCUUUGAUGAGCCGCUGGCCAGCAGGAACAUGAGGAAGGACCCGUUCCAUCAGAUUCUGACCGAGGAGGGCUGUGUGUUUCAAGAGCGCCAUGGUUGGGAGCGACCCGGCUGGUUCAACAGAGAUGGACCAGCUCCAGUUAAAGACUACGAUUAUUAUGGAGCUUAUGGCAUCAGAACAAACAUAAACUACAAAUACAACGAACUCCUGGGCAAAGAGUACACCUUCAACUUUCCUCCGCAUCAUGAUGUGAUCAAGAGCGAGUGUCUUUCCUGCAGACAUGGCGUGGUCGUGUUCAACAUGUCCUACUUUGGGAAGUUCUAUCUCACUGGACCAGAUGCCAAGAAGGCUGCUGAUUGGCUGUUCACAGCUGAUGUCAACAAGAAGCCAGGGUCCACUGUGUACACUUGUAUGUUGAACAGAAGAGGGGGGGCUGAGGCUGAUCUGACCGUGAGCAGAUUGGAGCCUGGUGCUGCCAACCUGCCCCUGGCACCAGAGUCUGAUGGUGAUGCAUACUACCUGGCUGUUGGAGGUGGUGUUGCAGAACACAACUGGAACCACAUCAGAUCCGUCAUCCAGGACCGAGGCUUCCGAUGCCAGCUGACUGACCACUCCGAGGACAUGGGAAUGAUCAGCAUCCAGGGACCCAAAAGUCGAGAGGUAUUGCAGGAGGUUUUGGACUCAGACCUCGGCAACAACGCUUUCCCCUUCUCCACACACAAGGUCGUCAGUGCUGCAGGACAUCAGGUUCGAGCGAUGCGUCUGUCAUUUGUCGGGGAGCUCGGAUGGGAGCUGCACAUUCCCAGAGACGCUUGUAUUCCCGUCUACAGAGCUGUCAUGGCUGCUGGUGCAAAGCACGGCAUCAUCAAUUCAGGCUACAGAGCCAUAGACUCCCUCAGCAUAGAGAAGGGCUACAGACACUGGCAUGCUGACCUUCGCCCUGAUGACACACCCUUGGAGGCGGGGCUCGGAUUCACCUGCAAACUGAGGAGCUCCAUCCCGUUUCAGGGGCGUGAGAGGCUGGAGAAGCAGAAGGAGGAGGGGCUGAAGAGGCACAUCGUUUGCUUCACUAUUGAUGAGAAAAUACCAAUGUUUGGUUUGGAGGCAGUUUUCCGCAACGGCGUUCCCGUUGGUCACCUUCGACGGGCUGAUUAUGGUUUUUUUAUAGACAAAACAAUCAGCUACGGAUACAUCCGCCACCCUGAUGGAGGAGUGGUGAGCUCUGAUUUCAUUAAAACUGGCGAUUUCACCCUAGAGAGGAUGGGAGUGACGUACAAGGCCACGGCCCACCUCAAGUCUCCGUUCGACCCUGAGAAUAAACGUGUGAAAGGAAUCUACAGCUGAACAAACUCGUGUAAAACACUCAGGUUAGGAAGUAAUGUGAAAGGUAGAGAUUUGCUGCUUUUUUCUCUACAUUUGGUUUCAUUUACACAUCUCUGUCAGAUACCAGGACUCCCUGAUGUUUACUUUUCAUAAAGGUGGAUGUGGUAAAACAACUUGUUUUAAAUCAAGUCUGAUUAAAAGUUAACUGAUUUUCUCAUGAGAUUAUUAGCAUUCAGAUCAAAGGCAAUAAUAAUAAAUGAAACUGAAAAAAGCCAUAUAAUGUUUCUUAUUUUAGUGAUAAACAUAGUUUAUGACCACCUGAUUAUAGAUGUUUAUUAUUCUGACCAAAUAACUCCUAAAAGGGUUUUUAAAAAGUGAAUAUCAGGCCACGGUUGCCCCAACGUUAAGAUUUAUUGCGUGUUUUAGCCAAGGAAAAGGCUCUCAUAAAAUAAUUAAGCUUUUAAUCAUAAGUAAAGCUGUGUUCUGCCUUUACUUUGCCAUUUAUAAUCAGAUGAUAAAAGUCCCAUUAGUCGUCACAGACUAGUGAAAUUUCAAUCAAUCAAUCAAAUUUAUUUAUGAAGUGCUUUUCAUACAAGUGCAGCUCAAAGCACUUUACAAUAUUAAAAACAACCAGACAGCCCCUCCCACCCAGACUCACAUACAAGAUCCCCUGUGUAUCUCCCUCCUCCCACCCUCACUCCCAUCCCAAGUAGAUGCAAACACACGCACACACACACACACACACACACGCACGCACGCACGCACACACACACACACACACACACACACACACACACACACACACACACACACACACACACACACAUACACAAGGACUAUUUAGAGAGACCAGUCAACCCGACAGCCAUAUUUUAGAACUGUGGGAGGAAGCCGGAAUACCCGGAGAGAACCCACUCAUGCACAGGGAGAACAUGCAAACUCCAAGCAGAAAAACGUCUGGCUGGGAUUCUAACUUUCUUUCUUGCUGCAAGGCAACAGUGCUAAGUACUGCGCCACUGUGCAGCCUACCGUUCAGGUCUUAUGAAUAAAUGUGAUUUUAAAUCAUACUAUAGUUAUUUUCCGUCUUGCUAGAAAUGCAUUUAUGCAGAUGACAAACCAAUGUUCAUGUAUUGUUUUUCUAACAGCUUUUCUCUUCUUUCUUUCUGAUUAGCUUCAACUCAGUCAAAACAACAAGUAAUGCAACAAAAGACUAAAAUUUGCUCAUUAGCAUAAAGAUUUUAUACAAUUCUUACUUACAGUAUUAAUAAUACUAAUAAAAACUUGCACUUUACAAUAAGGGUUCCUUUAUUAAGUUUACUUUAGCAACUGCUUAGCAUUAAUGAAGGAACCCUUAUUGUAAAGUAUUACAUGCUUGUUUUAUAUGAAGUAUUAACAUCUAAAUGACCUUUAAAAAGCAGCAAUUGAUAGAUUUAUAGAUUAUUAUAGAUUUUAUUCUAUUGUCCUCAAUCAGCUUUAAGCAUCAGUAAAAAUAUCAACAAAACACCUAAAGUGUCUUAAUAGUUGAAUCUGUGUAGACAGCUUUAUAGAAGUCACAUGAUCAAUGUAGAAUAAAGACAACAGGUUUUUAUUACAGGUGCUCAGAUGUUCAGUUUUUCCUCUUGUUUACACGAGUAUCAGCCAUCAGUUAUGUUCUCCAUAACUGUUUACACUAAUCUACACAAACACACCUAAAGACUAAAAGCAGAGCUCAUUUUGCACUUAAAUCCUACAGCUGUAAAAUGUUGUUUUUCCAACACAAAGCGUUUGCUAAUUUAGAAGGAUUCAUCGACUCUGCACAGAAUCCACUAAUCAUUCAAACUGCGGCUCUCAGGAGUGAUUUAUCUAGAUUUAUGCAGGAAAUGUGGAACGCGCUGAUGGAACUCGGCGGCAUAAAUGCACCCAGAGGUUUGUGUGUUUUUACAUGAACUGUGUUUGUAUAAUUACCAGAUUUACAUUGGGGGAUUAUUGCAAAUGAUUAAAUAGUUUCUCUGAUGGACAAAUAAAUAGAAUUUCUUCAUAAUGGUUUUUUAAAAAUAUGUUUCUCAAAAGUGAUUCAAUAAUAAAUUAACAGCUAAUUAUUUUAAUGAAUUUCUUAUUGACGCGGACUAGAUGUUUCUGUCUGAAAUGACUUGUGCUUGAAUAAAAAGCUGUUAUAACUUA